CUUGUUCUAUCAGCCGAACACGCUUUCCCCAAUUUUGUUUUCGCGCGAACUCCCUCACAGCCAACCCUAGAAUCGAUUCCGCCGCCGCCCACCUCUUUCCUCUCCCGCGCGCGGCGCCUGCCUGCAACGCGACCGGCUGCUUUCUCCAGCUUCAACGCCGUCGGCUGCCUUCUCCGUCCGUCCGGAUUGCAGCCACCUUUCUUCUCGGAGACCCUCCGUCAGCCCCGUUUUCUUGGCCUGCGCGGUCGUCAGCCUCCUUCGUCGGAGUCGCAGGCCCCUCUCCUGCUGGGAGCCUCCGCGCGGAGCGCAGCCGCAGGACGCCCUCAUCGGCCGCAACGACGCUGCUGGCCACCAUCGCCAUCUGGAGCACUGGAGCCUGUGGCCUCUCCUGAAAGAACACUGUCAAAAAAGGAUGGAAGAGGAUCGCAGUUGGAUGUACAAUGGACGUAGAAAGCGUAAUCAGGGUUUGAUGCAUUGUUGAAUGUGUUUGGUGCUCUCCUUCCACAAGGCCACAAGCUACCUCUCAAUUUAUAUGAGGCUAAGAAAUUUCUAAGUGCACUGACCAUGCCAUAUGAGAAAAUAGAUGUAUGCCCAAAAUAUUGCAUGCUCUUUAGAGAGGAAAAUUCAGAGAAGACCCAUUGUGACAAGUGUGGUGAGAGUAGAUAUGUGGAGGUGCAGAACAGCUAUGGUGAAAAGAAGCAACUAAAUAUUCCAAUGAAAGUCCUUCGUUAUAUACCAUUCAUCCCAAGACUUCAACGGUUAUACAUGUCUGAACCACAAGCCAAGCAAAUGACUUGGCACAAGUAUGGCCAUAGGUACCAUCCUAACAAGAUAGUACACACCGCUGAUGCUGAAGCAUGGAAGCAAUUUGAUCGCGACUUUUCGGAAUUUGCAUCAGACGCUCGGAAUGUUAGGAUUGCAAUAGCAACAGAUGGGUUUAAUCCAUUUGGUAUGGGUGCUGCCUCCUACACCUGCUGGCCUGUGUUUGUCAUCCCUCUCAACCUUCCACCUGGUGUUUGCAUGCAGAAACACAACAUGUUCCUUAGUUUGAUUAUCCCUGGACCUGAUUAUCCCGGCAAGAAAAUUAGUAUGUACAUGGAGCCUCUAGUUGAUGACCUACUCCAUGCCUGGGAGCAUGGUGUGCAGACAUAUGAUCGGGCCACUAAACAGAAUUUUAACAUGCGGGUGUCAUAUUUAUUCUCGUUCCAUGAUCUUCCAGCCUAUGGGAUAUUUUGUGGGUGGUGUGUACAUGGUAAGAUGCCAUGUCCAGUCUGUAUGGAGGUGCUUAAAGGAAGACGGCUGAAGUUUGGUGGAAAGUACUCCUUCUUUGAUUGCCAUAGACAAUUCCUUCCUCAUGGUCACAUUUUUAGAAAUGACCCAAACUCUUUUCUUGCAAAUACUACUGUUACGACUGAACCACCUCAUCGGUUCAAAACUGAAGAGGUUCAUGUUCGCUUGCAACGUCUGCAACCUGCUGCCAAUGGAGAGGGGUUUGAAGGUUACGGUGAGGAUCACAAUUGGACACACAUUCCAGGCUUGUGGAGGCUCCCAUACUUCCAUAAAUUAGUACUUCCUCAUAACAUUGAUGUCAUGCACAAUGAAAAAAAUGUUGCUGAGGCAAUAUUUAACACUUGUUUCGAUAUACCAGAGAAAACGAAGGAUAAUGUGAAGGCUCGACUUGAUCAAGCAAUACUCUGUAACCGACCUGAUCUUAACAUGAUCCGGAGGCAAACAUCUGGGCAGUGGUUGAAGCCAAGAGCUGAUUUUUGUUUGAAUAGGACUCAAAAGAAGGAAAUAUUAGAAUGGUUUCAAACACUCAAAUUCCCUGAUGGGUAUGGAUCAAACCUAAGGAGAGGAGUGAACUUCAAAAAGAUGCGAAUCAAUGGGUUAAAAAGCCAUGACUACCACAUAAUGAUGGAACGCCUUUUACCAGUCAUGUUCCGUGGCUACUUUCAACCUUAUUUGUGGGAAGUGAUAGCGGAGUUGAGCUUCUUUUAUCGUAAAUUGUGUGCAAAAGAGGUAGAUCCAAUUGAGCUUGAAAGCAUGGAACUUCAAGUGCCUGUUUUGCUUUGUAAGUUAGAAAUGAUCUUUCCAUCCGGAUUUUUUAAUCCAAUGCAGCAUCUAAUUCUUCACCUACCAUACGAAGCAAGGAUGGGAGGGCCAGUACAGUACCGAUGGAUGUAUCCAGGUGAAAGAGACCAAAAGGAUCUUAAGAGCAAAGUAAAAAACCGAGCUCGUGUUGAAGCAUCUAUAGCAGAAGCAUAUAUACUAGAUGAAAUCGCAAACUUCACAACCAUAUACUUUGCUGAUCAAGUGUACACAGUUCACAAUCCAGUCCCUCGGUACAAUGUUACUGUUGAGUCGAGAGAAUGCUCACUUAGCCUCUUCUCUAUUAAGGGUGAUUCUACUAGCCGAGGAGUCACUAGACACUUAACUGAAGUGGAGUGGGAGGCUGCCAUGUUGUACGUCCUCACAAACCUGCCUGAAGUGGAUGACUACGUUGGGAAAUUCUUACAUGAGGAGUGGAGUAGACGAGGCGAGCCAACAAGACAGCAAAAGGAGAACCUCUUACGGAAUGGUGCUAGGAAUGGUUGUCCUAAUUUCGUAACCUGGUUCUACCAACAAAGUCUUAUAGACAUGAAUAUGAAUGAUGAUCUGAAGCAAGUAGCUAAAGGAUGCCAUACUAGAGUGAAGACCUAUAGUAUUUAUGAUGUGAAUGGCUAUCGAUUCCGUACAAAUAAAUAUGAGAAGGAGAGGCCAAAUGCAACCACCAUAAAUAGUGCUUGGUGACAAUAGGACAAGGAGAAAAUAGUGAUAUCACUGAUUAUUAUGGCUACAUCAAAGAAAUAAUUGAACUUAGUUUUCAUGGUGAUAGUGAACUCACUCUUGUGCUUUUCAACUGCCAUUGGUUUGACCCUGCCCAAACAAGGUACACCCCACAGUAUGGUUUAGUGGAAGUUGCCCAUUCAUCAACACUUGCAGUGUAUGAGCCAUUUGUUGUAGCUCAUCAAGCCACACAAGUUUAUUACAUACCAUACCCAUGCAAAUCUGUACCAGCCCUGAUCGAUUGGUGGGUAGUUUACAAGGUUCAGCCAACUGGAAAAAUAGCAGCCCCUGUGGAUAAGGACUACGACUUUCUUCCCAACAAUGAUAAUGUCCAUUAUUUCCAAGAAGAUGGUCUCCAAGGCACUUUUGUAGUUGAUCUUAUGGAAGGACUCCAUAAUGUUUCUGAAGCCACCACUAGAGAUGCCGAAGGCAUUGUCAAUGACAAGGACUUGCAGCUUCUAAAUGGAUCCAAUGUGCUACAACAAGAUGAAUCUGAUAGUUCUGAGUUUGAUGAAGAUGAGGAGGAGGGCCCCAUCAUUGAUGAAUAUUUCUAAAACCGAUGAAGAUGACAACGACGAGGACCACUUCUGUGCUGACUUGCUAAGUUAUGAAGCAAUAUAAGUAGCAUCAUUAGAGCUGAUCAGAAAAGGUGUAUUCUCAAGUUUCAACUGCAUGUUCUAGGACCAAUGAACUAAAUAAUCUGGUGCUAGCUAUUGUCUCAAAGAUUUGAGUAUUUGCUUUAAGUGACAUGGACCAUGAUCAGCUUGUAUGCUUAUUCAUUACAACCAAUUUUUACCAAAAUAUAUGCCUAUGUCUGGGAUUUGGCAUCUCUUCUAUGCUUGGUGAAUUGUAUUGUGAUGAAAAUUUGUCUUGAUGAAUCUCAAAUGAUAGGGAUGCAAUGCAGUGAAUUGUAUUGUGA